AGUAGUAGUAACUCUUCGAUAAAUUAAGUGAUUCCACUGUCACUUUAUCUACACGUUGGUCAAGUUUGAGAAAUUUAAAUAAUUCGUUAUUUAUUUCAUCGUCAUGAUACGGCCGUUAUAUAUAUUGGUUCUUACAUUCGGAAUACUUUACAGGUCUGCUUCAAUAAUUAAAAGGUAUAAUGGAUUUAAACCGUGCGAGUUCUAUCAGAGAUGUGAGUGUAAAAGAGACCAGAGAUCAUCGCUUUACUUUGCAGAUUGUUCAGGACUAAAUAUGACACAAAUAAGGAGAUUUCCGAAUGUACUGUUAAAACUAUCGCUACGAAUAAAUAGAUUGGAAGUGAUUAAAGAUGGUAUCUUUUUGGAAAACACACUUCUGAGAUCGUUGGAUCUUUCAUUCAAUAGAAUCAAAACAAUUUCAUCAUCUUCUUUCAUUGGGUUAGAAAAUUUGAAAGAACUCGACCUUCAACAAAACAACCUGAAUAAGAAAAGUUUUACACAUCAAUGGUUUGCCAGUUUUAAAAGCUUGGUUUAUUUAAAUUUGAAGGAAAACUUUUAUGAUGAAUAUCAACCAGACAUAUCAUCUUUGGUGCGAUUGGAAACUUUGAAAAUGGAUUUUGUGUAUAAUAAAACAACAAUACUGAGUAAACAGUUUAGAAAUCUCAAACGCCUGAAGCUUCUGGAUUUUUCUGGGUUUACAGGACAUUGUUCAGUACCAGUUUUAACACCACAUGCAUUCCAGAAUGUACCACAUGUUCGACAUUUAAAUUUGUCUAUGUGCAAAAUAAAAUCAGUACAGAUAGGGUCGUUUAAUACAAUGAAAAAUAUUACCUCCCUCGAUUUAUCAGGAAAUACAUGCUUAAAAUUUCAGGUAUUAGAAAACGUAACAGCCGACAUUCAGUUUUCCGCAAUCAAGAUUUUAAAAGUUAACAAAAUCCAUAAAGUCUUUGAUAUGAAUACAUAUUUGCAUACUAAUCAAAUAAGGCAUCUGAAAAACACAUCCAUACAAGAACUUCAUAUGGAUAGCAAUCGUCUGCAGCAAGUAGAACCUGGUGCUUUGAGAUUUCUCCCCACAACAUUGAUCUAUCUAUCAGUAAGAGACAACAUGUUUUCCUUAGGACCAUACCUGAAUGACUUGUUGGCCUUAUCAGUAGAAACUGUAGAUGCAUCCGGCAUGAAUUCAUUCCACAAGGAAGAUAGACACCCUGAAACAUGCAACUUAGACCUUGUGUGUACUUGGCACACUGAUGUUAGACUUGAUGAAUAUUCGGAUCCUCAAUUUAACCAUUUGUGGUUUCGAAGUGGAAAAAAUGAACAGGGGAAUUUUAGAAGAACGGUCAUCCCCAUACCUUACAACCUUACGAAAUUAAAUUACCGUUCUUGUGGCUCACAAUAUAACAUAACGGAAGUAGAGCUAUCCAAUAAUAAGCUAGUAAGUGUUGACCUGAGCAACAAUAUUUUGACGCGUUGGAUUGGCCCCUUAAGAAAUGUAAAGAAUUUGAAAUACUUGGAUCUAUCUUCAAAUAUGUGCUCCAACCUUUCGACAUUCUUCUUCAGUCCAGACUUCAACAUAUUGGAAGUUCUAUCAUUGAGUAAUAAUUUACUAGGACUUGUCUUACCGUCUGAUAUCCACGGAAACACAUUCCAAAACUUGUUAAAUGUAAUAAAACUGGAUUUAUCUAAAAACAAAAUUUCAAAAUUACCAAAACUGAUUUUUAAGUCUCAGCGAAAAAUGGCAGUACUAGAUCUUAGUGACAAUUGUAUCGAAAAUAUUGAUUUUCAAGUGUCACAUUUGAUAAAUCUGUCAUACCUAAAUUUAAGAAAUAACUUCAUUACAUUUAUCGAUAGUCAUACGAUUGUCGAUAUUAAUUCCAUAGUUGACAAAAGAAAAAAUCUUGCUAUCAACCUGUUGGAGAACAAACUGAUAUGCACAUGUAGUUCCCAAAAAUUUAUAAAUUGGAUGGGAAGUACAAGUGUACAUAUUGUUAAUAAAACUCAUUACUUUUGUCAAUUAUCAACAGGAGAACGUGUCCCGAUGAAAAAUAUUCCAGAACUAUUCACAACAUUAGAAAAGGAAUGUACAUCAUAUGUGGUUCUCAUUUCUGGACUAGUUGUAUCACUUUUAUUGUUUAUAAUUGUUCUGAUCAUGGGUAUUUGUUACCGAUUUCGAUGGAAGCUAAGAUACUUUUACUAUAUGGUGAAAAUUAGAUCUCGAAGUAAGAUACCGCAAAUCGACGAAGAUGAAAAUGAAUAUAUGUAUGACGCCUUUGUGUCAUAUGCAGAUGACGAUCGAUCAUUUGUUCAUACCCAGUUACUUCAAACACUGGAAAAAGAAAAUGGUAUUCACCUAUGCUUACACAAGAGAAACUUUUUACCCGGAAAUGAUAUAGCGACUAACGUUACUUCCGCUAUUCACAAUAGUCGUAAAACUAUUGUCAUUAUGACUUACCAUUAUCUGAAGUCUUACUGGUGUAUGUUCGAGUUUAAUAUGGCGAGAAUGGAGAGCACCUACGAACGCAAUAACGAAAAUGUACUAUUCCUUGUGGUCUUUGAGCAAAUAUCUGCCCGUGAUUUUCCUUUGCAUAUUUUAGAAGUCGUUCAAUCCCAGUCGUACAUAGAAUUCCCAAACGAUGAGCAAGGUGACGUAGUAUUUUGGCGGCAGCUUGUUAAAGCACUGAAAUAACAUUGAAACUAAACAUUUUAAUAUACAAGAUUAUUUCAAAGAUGAACGCAGUUGUUAAUACAUACAUGAAUAACAGGGCCCAAUCUUUGCUUUACUGUUAUACAAAAUGUUUAAUAUACAUUUAUAUAUAUAUAGUCAGCAGGGUUAAAGAACAUCCGUUGUUUGACCUGCUAGUCAAAUGCGUUUUGUUAAAAUAUACUUUUUCACUUUUAUGGUCAUUUGGAAAA